AAAUAAUUUAUGGAUAAAUUACAUCCCCUCUUUGCUCAUCCAACUUAGAAAUUAUGGAAUAGCUAGUUACCAAGAAAGAGUUAGUUAGUUUAUCCAAUAUUUGUAAUUGAUGGAGAGAAUCAAAAAUAACCAAUAAAUUCAAUGCCAAAUGUUUAUAGAUACUCUGUGGAUUUACUAAAAGGAUUUUUGGAACCUUUGGUAUAGAAAGGUUUAAAGGCAGUUUUAAUUUUUGGAGUGAUUGGUAAUGAAGACAAGGAUGAAUAAGGUUCAAUGGCAGGAGGAUUAGGAAAAGAGUCUUGUGUUCAUAAGGCAUUAAGAUUAUUAAAAUAAACAUUUCCUUAACUAUUAUUAAUUACUGAUGUUUGUUUAUGUGCAUAUACAUCUCAUGGACAUUGUGGAAUAUUAACAUAGGAUGGAUAUUUAGAUAAUUAAGCCAGUAUAAAGAGAUUAAGUUAAUGUGCUUUAUCUUAUGCAUAAGCUGGAGCUGAUAUAGUUGCUCCCUCUGAUAUGAUGGAUAAUAGAGUGAGAGCAAUUAAAGAAUUAUUAGAUGCUCAUCCUAAUUUGAAAGUUCCAAUAAUGUCUUAUUCAUCUAAAUUUUGUUCAGCUUUAUAUGGUCCAUUUAGAGAUGUGUGUUGUUCAGCUCCUUAAAAGUUUGAUAGAUCUUCAUAUUAAUUACCACCUGGAAGUCGAUAAUUGGCUUUAUAAGCUGCAGAUAGAGAUAUCAAAGAAGGUGCAGGUUAUGUGAUGGUCAAACCAAUUACUGCAUAUUUAGAUAUUGCUGCAGAAAUCAAGAGAAGACACCCAGAUAUAUUGUUAGCAUGUUAUCAUGUUAGUGGAGAAUACUCAAUGAUACAUGCUGGAGUAGAGAAGAAAUUGUUUGAUAUGAAGAGAGUAGUAUUGGAAUAUAUUGAAGGAUUUGUUAGAUCAGGAAUUGAUAUAAUUAUAACUUAUUUCACUCCUGAGUUAUUAGAUUGGUUAGAAUGAAU